UCCAAAAAGUCGGGCGGAUGACGGGACCAGCUUCGCGACGCCGUCGGAGGGUGCAUCACGCAUCCCACAAGUCUCCGCCCUCGCAUACGGUAAGCAGCGCGUGCAUGGCCGAGGCCACCUGCGCCACCGCUCAAUGGCGCCGCUCGGAUGGCGAAGAGCGCAGAGCGUCCUCACCAAGUCGUGACACCCCCUCAACACAAACGGAACGCGCCGUUGUGAGUGCGGACACGAAGACGACACCACAACAGAGCCGCAACAGCUCUCCCCGUAACCUACGGGACGAUGGUGCCGAAGCUGCGAGCCGGUGACGGGCACCUCCGCCUGCACACCCUGCAAACAACCGCCAACUGGACCGCCGUCGGCGAUCAGGCGCCAAUCAUCGCAAGACGAUGAGC